AUGAAUAAUUCUGAUAAUGCUGGUUCGUCUCGACCCAAUAGACUUUGUACAAAUAUUGAUCUCCGUUCUACUCAAAAUGAAAUUGAAAGACUUCUUUUUGAAUCUGAUGACGAAAAUUUUGAUUAUUCUGAUUCUGACAGCAAUUAUUUGGGUGCAAGUGAUUCCGAUUCUUCGUCGACUUCGGAUAUAGGAAAUGAAAUGUCUACUGAACCAAAUUUCGAAUUUCCCAAUACAAUAACAACUAAUAACACUUGGACAACAAACGAAAUUGAUCUUUUUAAUUUUACGUUUGAUAAACAACCAGUUAGAGAAACAAAUAACUAUGCCGAGUCUGAAUUUUUACGAGUUGGUGCUGCAGAGCGUUCUCGUAUAUCUCAAUGGAAACCUACGGACCGCGAUGAAAUUAUAACUUUUAUUUGUUUAGUUAUUCACACUGGCACAAUCAGACUAAAUCGAUUAAACGAUUACUGGAAAACACAUCAUUUAUUUAAUUUUACAUGUUUUUCGAAUUAUAUGAGUCGCGAUCGCUUUCUAUUACUUUUGAGAUAUUUUCAUUUCGCCCAGAAUCCUACUGACCAUUCUGAAAAUACUCCUAUUGAUAGACUUUUCAAAAUUCGACCUCUUAUAAAUUAUUUCAAUACCAAAAUGAAUAAUAUUUAUUACCCUAAUAAAGAGCUUUCACUCGAUGAGUCAAUGGUAUUGUGGAGAGGCCGCCUUAUUUUUCGACAGUAUAUACAAAAUAAACGCCAUAAAUAUGGUGUUAAAUUGUACAUGCUUACCGAACCAAAUGGACUCAUUAUAAAAUUUGCUGUAUAUACGGGUGUUUUAGAUGACCUAGGAGGUAAAGGUCAUGCUGCAAACGUAGUACUACAUCUGAUGUCCGAAAAAUUAAAUAAUGGUCAUUCAAUGUAUAUGGACAAUUUUUAUAAUAGCAUCGAUUUAGCUGAACAAUUAUUACAAAAAAAGACAUACUGUACGGGCACAUUAAGAUCUAACCGAAAACGUAUUCCUGAGGCCGUAGUAAAAUCAAAAUUAAAACCUGGGGAAACAAGAGCAAUGUACUCUAAUGGCGUAUUAGUUGGUAAAUGGAAGGACAAACGGGAUGUUAUGUAUAUUUCUACCGAAUUCAAAAAUAAUUUGAUACUAGCAAAAAAUAAAAAAGGUCAGGAAAAACUAAAACCAGAACCGAUUGCAAAUUAUAAUAAAUUUAUGAGUGGUAUUGAUCGGCAGGACCAAAUGAACAGUUACUAUCCAUUUUUGAGAAAAACAGUUCGUUGGUACAAGAAGAUAGGAAUACAUGUGAUCCAAAUGCUAUUAUUAAAUUCUUACAAUUUGUACAAUCAAUCACAAGUCGGAUCUAAGAUGACACUCUAUGAUUUUCGUUUAUCUAUUCUUAGUGAACUUUUACCAGCAUAUCCAAAACCAAGACUAGAUGCUAAACGAAAACACAUUCCAAAAACACACGAGAUAGGAAAAAAUGGAAGGGCACUUCGUAAAAGAUGUUGUGUUUGCGCAGAAAAGAAAAUACGUAAAGACACUUCAUAUUUCUGUCCAACUUGUCCAAAUCAUCCAAAUAUUUGUCUAGAACCAUGUUUUGUGAAAUUUCAUCAUAAUAAAUAA